UUUUUACUUUACAUAAGCAGUAUUAUGGAAACUGAAAUUAAAAUGGAAGAGAAUCAAUCUUCAAAAGUUGAAAACGGUAUUAAAAAUGAAGAAGUGAUGCUUGCCAGACUCAGAGACAAUUCUUGUUUACAAAUCCAUGAUGAGUAUCAGUAUUUGCAACUUAUUGACAGAAUUAUUAACAAAGGCUCCAAGAAGUCAGAUCGUACGGGCGUCGGCACUCAAUCAGUGUUUGGUACACAGAUGCGAUUCAGUCUUCGAAACGGAACUUUUCCAUUAUUAACCACAAAACGUGUUAAUUGGCGAGCUAUUGUUGAGGAGCUAUUGUGGUUUAUCAGAGGCUGUACUAAUUCAAAGGAGUUAGCAGCGAAGGGUGUCAACAUUUGGAACGCCAAUAGCUCUCGGUCUUUUCUUGAUAGUUGUGGUUUUAUCGAUAGAGAAGAAGGCGAUCUGGGCCCAGUUUACGGAUUUCAGUGGAGGCAUUUUGGAGCCAAAUAUGUGGACAUGCACACGGAUUAUACAGGCCAAGGUAUCGAUCAGUUGAGAGAAGUUAUUCACAAAAUUAAAAACACACCAGAUGACAGGAGAAUUAUAAUGACUGCAUGGGACCCCGUUAGUAUUCCCCAGAUGGCCUUGCCACCAUGUCAUUGUCUUGUGCAAUUUUAUGUAUGCGACGGAGAAUUGUCCUGCCAACUUUACCAAAGAAGCGCCGACAUGGGACUUGGAGUACCAUUCAAUAUCGCAUCUUAUUCACUACUUACAUACAUGUUGGCUCAUGUUACAUCAUUGAAGCCAGGAGAUUUUAUACAUACGAUGGGAGAUUGCCAUGUAUAUUUGAAUCACAUCUCCAGUCUUCAAACGCAAAUAAUUCGUGAACCGAGGCCGUUUCCACAACUAAAAAUUAAAAGGAAUGUUGAAGACAUAGAAGACUUUGUUUUUGAUGACUUUGAAUUGAUUGAUUAUAAUCCUCACAACAGGAUCGUCAUGGCUAUGGCAGUUUAAUACUUGAUCCAAGAAUUAUCUAUCAAGAUUGCAUUCAU